UCCUCCAUCGCCUUAUUAAAGUUUAUUGUGAGGCUGAUUCAGUCAUAAGGUGUUGUGGUGCGUUCAGAGUUCAGACUCCACACAGACAUUCAGAUAAACACGAGGUGUGUGUCUCUAAGCAGAUGCUGGACGGACGAUGGCAGCGAACACAUCGUCUCCUUCAGAGAAUGAAUCCUCGCUCGGAAAGAAACAGUCUAAAGCUCUGCAGAGAAUCAAUGCAACGAGCUCUGUGCCCUGGCUCAAACCUACCUUCAGUGAGCUCCAGAGAAAAGACUCUGAUAAUUUGUACAGCACCUGUCCAGUCUGGAGCUCUUCUCCUACAGCAAAGCCGGAUCUGAGCUCGAUGCAUAGUCUGUCCGAGUGUCUGCAGCUGCUGCACAAACUGGCAGAGGAGGUGAACAACAUCAGCCAGAUGAAGCGUGGCAGUAAGAAGGCAGCACCAGCAGGGGGCAGCAGAGAGCCGGACAGCCUGGAGAUCAGCAGGAGUUUGAUCCUGAACUGGGCCGCAGAGCUGGACCAGAACAUGGUAAACAUGAAAAUGAGGCCAACAGGUGAGAAGACAAACAGGAGACAGAAAGAGAAAACAGAGGAGGAGAAACUCAACGACAAGCUGCAGCGGUGGGCCGAGGAGCUGAGGGAUGUGAAAGAGGCUAACGGUGUGUCUGAUGACGAGCUGAAGAAGCUGCUGUACUCCAGUAUAUCCAACAAGUCGAGGAUGGCCGCCAUUCUUCCUCUGCUGGAGUUUGUGACCUGGUCCCUGUUAGCAGAGGAUAGUCAGGACGCCAUUUCCAUGAUGUGGCUGCCGACCAAACAGAAAGCCUGGAGGACGGGGAGCGGAAACCCCAAAUACAUCCCUAACUCAGUGUGGCGGUGGAUUCAGAGCGCUGCAGUGUCCUUCAGGUUGGACGUCAGCACCUGUCACCCCUGGCUCGCCGUGUCCUCAGACCGCCUGCAGCUCUUUGAGGCAGCAGCUUGCCCCCCAGCUCCCUCCCAAAGUCAGAGUGUCUCCCCCGAGUGGCCCUGCGUCCUGGGCGAUGCCGUCAUCUCUGCUGGGAGACACUACUGGGAGGUGGAGGUGUCGUCUAACGGCAGCUGGAGGAUUGGAGUCAUGUCCCAGUCUGCUCUCAGCAAGAAAGGCUCCACCGUGUCCCCCAGCAGAGGAUUCUGGACUCUGUGGAAGGCGUCCAGCUUCUGGGCGUGCACGAACACGCCUGUUAACCUGGAGAAGGCGACUGUGCCUGCACGCAUCGGGGUGUACGUGGACGUGGGGGAGGGUCAGGUGUCUUUUUAUGAUGCAGUUCAAAGGGUUCACAUCUACACAUUCUCUGAUUCAUUCAAACACAGUCUGAUCCCCGUGUUCGGGUGGCUGGACGAAAACACGCUGCUGAAGAUCAGACCUGCUGACCUGUCAGUCACUGCUCAGGGAAUAGAUGUGUAAGACUCUGUAGAAACAGAUUUAUGAUUUUUGUUUCAGCUGUCUCUGCUGAACUCUGAAGUGAAUCAUUUAGUUUCUGUCAAUCGUUGUUGUAUCUUUAAUCUCAGCACCUUCCAAUGUCUGCACUCUUUUACAUUAAAAACAGGAAAUACAAACAA